GGUGUGUGCGCUGCGCCCGCGAGCUCCUGGGCUCGGCGACUAGGGCAUGCUCAGGAUUGGCCGUAUUUUUAAAAAAUUUUAAGUGGGACUUGCGGCCUGAGGCCCUCCCUCCGCCCUCCCGCCCCUUCUCGGUAAUUUAUUUCAAGCCUAGAGCCAAGGGCCACAAAAGGAAGGAAAGCCACAGGAAUUGGAUACGUGAGUGACCGGGCUAAGGUGGACUCUCCUGCGGCCAGCUUCCUAUCAGGUCACCCUGCUGGACUUUCACACCGGCAUGGAGCUUGCCUAAGGUCCAGCCCUUUUCGCCGGGGCCGAGAGCCAGGCGUUGCGGAAGCCGCUGCGUGCUGAAUGGGGGUAGGAGGGGGCCGGAGCGGGAUUUCCACCGUUCAGCCCGCCGGGGCGUUACGUUGGGCAUAAUGGAAUUGCAGAGGACGUCUAGCAUCUCCGGGCCGCUGUCGCCGGCUUAUACUGGGCAGGUGCCUUACAACUUCAACCAGCUGGAAGGGAGAUUCAAGCAGCUCCAAGAUGAACGUGAAGCUGUGCAAAAGAAGACCUUCACCAAGUGGGUCAACUCCCACCUUGCCCGGGUGUCCUGCCGGAUCACAGAUCUGUACACUGACCUUCGGGAUGGACGGAUGCUCAUCAAGCUACUGGAGGUCCUCUCUGGAGAGAGACUGCCUAAACCCACCAAGGGACGAAUGCGCAUCCACUGUCUGGAGAAUGUAGACAAGGCCCUUCAGUUCCUGAAGGAGCAGAGAGUCCAUCUUGAGAACAUGGGGUCCCACGACAUCGUGGAUGGGAACCACCGGCUGACCCUCGGCCUCAUCUGGACCAUUAUCCUGCGCUUCCAGAUCCAGGAUAUCAGUGUAGAAACUGAAGACAACAAAGAGAAGAAGUCUGCCAAGGACGCUUUGCUCUUGUGGUGCCAGAUGAAGACUGCUGGGUACCCCAACGUCAACAUUCACAAUUUCACCACCAGCUGGAGGGAUGGCAUGGCCUUCAACGCACUGAUACACAAACACCGGCCUGACCUGAUAGACUUUGACAAACUAAAGAAAUCCAAUGCACACUACAAUCUGCAGAAUGCCUUUAACCUGGCAGAGCAACACCUUGGCCUCACUAAACUCUUGGACCCCGAAGAUAUCAGUGUGGACCACCCUGAUGAGAAGUCCAUUAUCACUUACGUGGUGACUUACUACCACUACUUCUCAAAGAUGAAGGCCUUGGCUGUUGAAGGAAAACGAAUUGGAAAGGUGCUUGACAACGCUAUUGAAACAGAAAAAAUGAUAGAAAAGUAUGAGUCCCUUGCCUCUGACCUUCUGGAGUGGAUUGAACAAACCAUCAUUAUUUUGAACAAUCGCAAAUUUGCCAACUCACUCGUUGGGGUCCAGCAGCAGCUUCAGGCGUUCAACACUUACCGCACUGUGGAGAAGCCCCCCAAAUUUACUGAGAAGGGGAACUUGGAAGUCCUGCUUUUCACCAUUCAGAGCAAGAUGAGGGCCAAUAACCAGAAGGUCUACAUGCCCCGGGAGGGGAAGCUCAUCUCUGACAUUAACAAGGCCUGGGAAAGACUGGAAAAAGCAGAACACGAGCGAGAACUGGCCCUGCGAAACGAGCUCAUAAGACAGGAGAAACUGGAACAGCUCGCCCGCAGAUUCGACCGCAAGGCAGCUAUGAGAGAGACCUGGCUGAGUGAGAACCAGCGUCUGGUGUCCCAGGACAACUUUGGAUUUGACCUUCCCGCUGUCGAGGCUGCCACAAAAAAGCACGAGGCCAUUGAGACUGACAUCGCCGCAUACGAAGAACGUGUGCAGGCUGUGGUGGCUGUGGCCAGGGAACUGGAGGCGGAGAACUACCACGACAUCAAGCGCAUCACAGCGCGGAAGGACAAUGUCAUCCGGCUCUGGGAGUACCUGUUGGAGCUGCUCAGGGCCCGGAGACAGCGCCUCGAGAUGAACCUGGGGCUGCAGAAGAUAUUCCAGGAAAUGCUCUACAUCAUGGACUGGAUGGAUGAAAUGAAGGUGCUGUUAUUGUCUCAAGACUAUGGCAAACACUUGCUCGGCGUGGAAGACCUCUUACAGAAGCAUGCCCUGGUUGAAGCAGAUAUUGGCAUCCAGGCAGAGCGGGUGAGAGGUGUCAACGCUUCUGCCCAGAAGUUCGCGACUGACGGGGAAGGUUACAAGCCCUGCGACCCCCAGGUGAUCCGAGACCGAGUGGCCCACAUGGAGUUCUGUUACCAAGAGCUUUGCCAGCUGGCGGCGGAGCGCCGGGCCCGCCUGGAAGAGUCCCGUCGCCUCUGGAAGUUCUUCUGGGAGAUGGCAGAGGAGGAGGGCUGGAUCCGGGAGAAGGAGAAGAUCCUGUCCUCCGAUGACUACGGCAAGGACCUCACAAGCGUCAUGCGCCUGCUCAGCAAGCACCGGGCGUUCGAGGAUGAGAUGAGCGGCCGCAGCAGCCACUUCGAGCAGGCCAUCAAGGAGGGUGAAGACAUGAUCGCCGAGGAGCACUUCGGAUCAGAGAAGAUCCGGGAGCGGAUUGCCUACAUCCGCGAGCAGUGGGCCCACCUGGAGCAGCUCUCAGCCAUCCGCAAGAAGCGCCUAGAGGAGGCCUCGCUGCUGCACCAGUUCCAGGCGGAUGCCGACGACAUUGACGCCUGGAUGCUGGACAUCCUCAAGAUCGUUUCCAGCAACGACGUGGGCCACGAUGAGUACUCCACCCAGUCCCUGGUCAAGAAGCACAAGGACGUGGCGGAGGAGAUCACCAACUACCGGCCCACCAUCGACUCGCUGCACGAGCAGGCCAGCGCCCUGCCCCAGGAGCACGCUGAGUCCCCCGACGUGCGGGGCCGGCUGGCGGGCAUUGAGGAGCGCUACAAGGAGGUGGCCGAGCUGACGCGGCUGCGGAAGCAGGCGCUGCAGGACACUCUGGCCCUGUACAAGAUGUUCAGUGAGGCCGACGCCUGUGAGCUCUGGAUUGAUGAGAAGGAGCAGUGGCUCAACAACAUGCAGAUCCCAGAGAAGCUGGAAGACCUGGAGGUCAUCCAGCACAGAUUUGAGAGUCUCGAACCGGAGAUGAACAACCAGGCUUCCCGGGUGGCAGUGGUGAACCAGAUUGCUCGGCAGCUGAUGCAUAGCGGCCACCCAAGUGAGAAGGAGAUCAAAGCCCAGCAGGACAAGCUCAAUACGAGGUGGAGUCAGUUCAGGGAGCUGGUGGACCGGAAGAAGGAUGCGCUCCUCUCCGCCCUGAGCAUCCAGAACUACCACCUCGAGUGCAACGAAACCAAGUCAUGGAUCCGGGAGAAGACCAAAGUCAUCGAAUCCACCCAGGACCUGGGCAAUGACCUGGCGGGUGUCAUGGCCUUGCAGCGCAAGCUGACCGGCAUGGAGCGGGACCUCGUGGCCAUCGAGGCGAAACUGAGUGACCUGCAGAAGGAGGCCGAGAAGCUGGAGUCCGAGCACCCCGACCAGGCCCAGGCUAUCCUGUCUCGGCUGGCCGAGAUCAGUGACGUGUGGGAGGAGAUGAAGACCACGCUGAAGAACCGUGAGGCCUCCCUGGGAGAGGCCAGCAAGCUGCAGCAGUUCCUGCGGGACCUGGACGACUUCCAGUCCUGGCUCUCCAGGACACAGACAGCCAUUGCCUCGGAGGAUAUGCCUAACACCCUGACCGAGGCCGAGAAGCUCCUCACACAGCACGAGAACAUCAAAAACGAGAUCGACAACUACGAGGAGGACUACCAGAAGAUGAGGGACAUGGGCGAGAUGGUCACCCAGGGCCAGACAGACGCUCAGUACAUGUUCCUGCGGCAGCGGCUGCAGGCCCUGGACACAGGCUGGAACGAGCUCCACAAGAUGUGGGAGAACAGGCAGAGCCUCCUCUCCCAGUCCCACGCCCACCAGCAGUUCCUGCGGGACACCAAGCAGGCUGAAGCCUUCCUGAACAACCAGGAGUAUGUUUUGGCCCAUACUGAAAUGCCCACCACCUUGGAAGGAGCUGAAGCAGCUAUUAAAAAACAAGAGGAUUUCAUGACCACCAUGGAUGCCAAUGAGGAGAAGAUCAACGCGGUUGUGGAAACAGGCCGGAGGCUGGUGAGCGACGGGAACAUCAACUCGGAUCGCAUCCAGGAGAAGGUGGACUCCAUUGACGACAGACACAGGAAGAAUCGAGAGGCAGCCAGUGAGCUUCUGAUGAGACUGAAGGACAACAGGGAUCUUCAGAAAUUCCUGCAAGACUGUCAGGAGCUGUCUCUCUGGAUCAAUGAAAAGAUGCUUACAGCCCAGGACAUGUCUUAUGAUGAAGCCAGAAAUCUGCACAGUAAAUGGUUGAAGCAUCAAGCCUUUAUGGCAGAACUCGCUUCCAACAAAGAAUGGCUUGACAAAAUUGAGAAGGAGGGAAUGCAGCUCAUUUCAGAAAAGCCAGAGACAGAAGCCGUGGUGAAGGAGAAACUCACAGGUUUACAUAAAAUGUGGGAAGUCCUUGAAUCUACCACACAGACCAAGGCCCAGCGGCUCUUCGAUGCGAACAAAGCCGAACUCUUCACCCAGAGCUGUGCAGAUCUGGACAAAUGGCUGCAUGGCCUGGAAAGUCAGAUUCAAUCUGACGACUAUGGCAAAGACCUCACCAGUGUCAACAUCCUUUUGAAAAAGCAGCAGAUGCUGGAGAAUCAGAUGGAGGUGCGGAAGAAGGAGAUAGAAGAGCUCCAGAGCCAGGCGCAGGCCCUGAGCCAAGAGGGGAAGAGCACGGACGAGGUGGACAGCAAGCGCCUCACCGUGCAGACCAAGUUCAUGGAGCUGCUGGAGCCCCUCAACGAGAGGAAGCAGAACCUGCUGGCCUCCAAGGAGAUCCAUCAGUUCAACCGGGACGUGGAGGACGAGAUCUUGUGGGUUGGUGAGAGGAUGCCUUUGGCGACCUCCACGGAUCAUGGCCACAACCUCCAGACUGUGCAGCUGUUGAUAAAGAAAAAUCAGACCCUCCAGAAGGAGAUCCAGGGGCACCAGCCUCGCAUCGACGACAUCUUUGAGAGGAGCCAGAACAUCAUCACCGACAGCAGCCUCAAUGCCGAGGCCAUCCGGCAAAGACUGGCUGACCUGAAGCAGCUGUGGGGCCUCCUCAUCGAGGAGACUGAGAAGCGGCACCGGCGGCUGGAGGAGGCGCACAGGGCCCAGCAGUACUACUUUGACGCGGCUGAGGCCGAGGCCUGGAUGAGCGAGCAGGAGCUAUACAUGAUGUCCGAGGAGAAGGCCAAGGAUGAGCAGAGCGCCGUCUCCAUGUUGAAGAAGCACCAGAUUCUGGAACAAGCUGUGGAGGACUACGCGGAGACGGUGCACCAGCUCUCCAAGACCAGCCGGGCUCUGGUGGCCGACAGCCAUCCUGAAAGUGAACGUAUCAGCAUGCGGCAGUCCAAGGUGGACAAGCUGUACGCCGGCCUCAAGGACCUGGCUGAGGAGAGGCGGGGCAAGCUGGACGAGAGACACCGGCUGUUCCAGCUCAACCGCGAGGUGGAUGACCUGGAGCAGUGGAUCGCCGAGAGGGAGGUGGUCGCGGGGUCGCAUGAGCUGGGCCAGGACUACGAGCACGUCACGAUGCUCCAAGAGCGAUUCCGAGAGUUCGCCCGGGACACGGGAAACAUUGGGCAGGAACGCGUGGACACAGUCAACCACAUGGCAGACGAGCUCAUCAACUCCGGACAUUCAGAUGCCGCUACUAUCGCCGAGUGGAAGGAUGGGCUCAACGAGGCCUGGGCUGACCUCCUGGAGCUCAUCGACACUCGAACACAGAUCCUCGCUGCCUCCUAUGAACUGCACAAGUUUUACCACGACGCCAAGGAGAUCUUUGGGCGCAUCCAGGACAAACACAAGAAACUCCCCGAGGAGCUCGGGAGAGAUCAGAACACAGUGGAGACCUUACAGAGAAUGCACACCACCUUUGAGCAUGACAUCCAGGCCCUGGGCACUCAGGUGCGGCAGCUUCAGGAAGACGCGGCCCGCCUCCAGGCAGCCUACGCAGGCGACAAGGCCGACGACAUCCAGAAACGGGAGAAUGAGGUGCUGGAAGCCUGGAAGGCCCUGCUGGACGCCUGCGAGGGCCGCAGGGUGCGGUUGGUGGACACGGGAGACAAGUUCCGCUUCUUCAGCAUGGUGCGCGACCUCAUGCUAUGGAUGGAGGAUGUCAUCCGGCAGAUCGAAGCCCAGGAGAAGCCCCGGGAUGUGUCAUCUGUUGAGCUAUUGAUGAAUAAUCAUCAAGGUAUCAAAGCUGAAAUCGAUGCUCGUAAUGACAGUUUUACGACCUGCAUUGAACUGGGGAAAUCCCUGCUGGCGAGGAAGCACUACGCAUCUGAGGAGAUCAAGGAGAAGUUACUGCAGUUGACGGAAAAGAGAAAAGAAAUGAUUGACAAGUGGGAAGACCGAUGGGAGUGGUUAAGACUGAUCUUGGAGGUCCAUCAGUUCUCAAGGGAUGCCAGUGUGGCCGAGGCCUGGCUGCUCGGGCAGGAGCCCUACCUGUCCAGCCGAGAGAUAGGCCAGAGCGUGGACGAGGUGGAAAAGCUCAUCAAGCGCCAUGAGGCUUUUGAAAAGUCUGCAGCGACCUGGGACGAGAGGUUCUCUGCCCUGGAAAGACUGACGACGUUGGAGCUACUGGAAGUGCGCAGACAGCAAGAGGAAGAGGAGAGGAAGAGGCGGCCGCCCUCCCCCGAGCCGAGCACGAAGGUUUCCGAGGAGACUGAGUCCCAGCAGCAGUGGGAUACUUCAAAAGGAGAGCAAGUUUCCCAGAAUGGUUUGCCGGCUGAACAGGGAUCUCCACGGGUUAGUUACCGCUCUCAAACCUACCAAAACUACAAAAACUUUAAUAGCAGACGGACAGCCAGUGACCAGCCGUGGUCUGGACUGUGAAGUUCGCUACUGUUUGUCAAGAACCAGUCUUUCCAAAUCCCAUUGGUUUGACCUUUUGGCGUCCACUUCACCCACAGUGUUAAAAAUUUUACUGACUUCGUAGUCUUCCUUGAUUUUAUAUUUGUUUGCACUUAGUUCAUGUUUAUUUGAGUCUUUUAACUGAUGGAUGCUCCAUUGCCUGAAAGCAACCCACGUAAUUUUUGUUUAUUUAUCAUGAGCUUUUUACUUUAUUAAGAUGUUGCAGCAAAAGCCUUACGUGAGUAAUUGAAAUUAAAUGAGAUUACAGCAAAAUGAAGAAGAAAACUAGAAUCUGACAGGUAUGGCACAUCCAGUUGUACUAACAGGGUGCAGUCCUGCACCAUACGUAGCUCCCUUCACAGAUGUUAUUAACCUGCGGCAGUUCACCAGGAACUAGGAAGACUGGUGGAUGAGGAGGGAGACCUCCAGUACUAAGAUUGAAACCUAAGGUCAGCUGUGUAACAUUCCAUGAAGGAUGCAGUCAUUUAUCAAGAAACAAUAGAAAAGAGUUGAAGCUGUUGUAGGUGCAGAAUCUGAAUGGUUUUGAGACCCUCGGAUCAUUUAUGACCUUUUUACAAACCAGUUCCUCUAUUUUUUUCGCCAACUCCUGAGCUGAGAGUGGUAGGCUCGCUUACAGCUCAUUAACACAGCUGGCCUCAGGAGUCAGGUGCCUCCACCUCCAUCUGGGUCACCGUCAGUGCUGCUGGGGCGUGGAUCCUGUUAGGUGAGGCAGCACUUCUUGGCAUGUUUGGGAAGCCUGCCCAUCCAGACUUCCAUGCCUUUCCGUCCAGUUGAUGACUUCAGGGUGUCAAACUGUUUAAAUUUUUCCAACCAGUGGAACAAAAGCCAUGCUGGUUCACCCUGAUUACUUGAACACUUGGGAGACCACCCCAGGAGCCAUUGCCUGCCUUCAGGCUCCAGAAGUUCUUUCAGUGUCUCUUUAGACAGAAAUUCCGUUGUAUGUCUCGUAUGGAUCUUCCAGUUCAUUUUUCAUUUUCUUAUGACUUUUUGUGGCACUCUCUAAUAAGGAAUCUUUUAGGGUAUUGUUUAUCAGACCACCAGCAGGGAUCGAAAUGUUUUAUCAGAAAUUCUAUUCCUUAGGAAUAAAAGCUAAAGAAAGAGAUGAUUUUCUGGUACCGAUAAAGGCAGAACCAAAGCAGGUCCACAUUACAUGAAAGCUGUGUGAGACAUUCACUUACUCAUUUGCCAUAUUUAGAUAUUAGUGGAAUCAUAAAACCUGUUUUGAUAUGUGUUCUCCAUGAGUUAAGUCUAAUUUGUCUUUUCAUUUCAUGAUGCAUGUCUUUUUUUUCUUUUGUCAGGAUAACAUCAUAUAGCAUCUUGUUUGUUUUUUCCUUAUUUCUAUGUACAUAUCUAUCUACUUGCGGCUGUAGAUGGGUAUAUAGAUAGAUGCCAAGCUUCUUAUGUUCUGGGAGUAGUAUGCACCAUUGUUGGGUCUCUGCCUUAAAACAUACCAAAAUUCAUUUUAGAAAAAAAUAUUGCUUCAUCUUUGGUCAUUAGGGAGCCCAGUUCCUGGCUCCAAAUAGUAUGUGUCAUUGAUCUCUAUGUAUAUAUGUGAUGUGUCCAUAUAUAUAUGUUUAAAUUUUGUAUCAGUAGGAUUAAUACCCAAUUUUAUGCCUUUUGUAUUCAGAAGACCAAAAAAAAAAAACAGAAGCCACAUAAGCAUAGAGAGGAGUACUAUGAUGUUUCUGGCAUUUGUUCUCAUGCCUAUUUUUAAUCUAGAUUUUUAAAUUGUAGCUUGCCAGAACAAAUUUUUAGUUGUAAUUGGAUUGUAUCAGAAGAAGAAAAGCUCUUUUCAUUCUUCUGAGUUAUAGUGCAGAGACUCAAGUUAAUGAACUUUUGACAAUAGUGUUGCUUCAUGCACUUAGAAAACCAAUCAGGCAUUCCAUGUGCUACUAGUUGUCACGUUGCAUUUAUGUUCACCUUCUGAUUGAACUAUCUCAGGUGUAUCCGGCCACUAAAGCACUCUGGACUAAUUGCUAAAGAGAAGCAAUGUCAGGUGGGGGUGGGGGGGAUCCACAGGUACCCACUGUUUGGUCACAGCACUAUGAUUUGCUUUUGAUGUUUGUCUCUAGUUGCGUGUUGUCUGUUGGCAUGCUUAAGCACAUGUCCAUUAAAAUUCAUUUUGUUCCUUUUA